AUGGGGCUUCUGAACUCGGGCUUAAUCAUAUCAAGGUCAGGUUUCAAUGUUUUCAUCCAUGUUAUAAUUGUAUGUUGCAUAAUCUUGCUACAUUCAGGCUUUCCUGUCACCAUGGCAACGCCUAGACUCGGUGGGAAUGAAACAGACCGACUUGCAUUACUCGAAUUCAAGGCGAAAAUAACCAAUGAUCCCCUCCAGGCAUUGGGCUCAUGGAACGAAACAGUUCACUUCUGCCAGUGGCAUGGCGUUACAUGCAGUCGCCGACAUCAGAGAGUAACCAUGUUGGAAUUGCAGUCUCGUAAGCUAGCGGGAUCUAUUUCUCCACACGUAGGAAAUUUGAGCUUUCUCAGGAUACUGCACCUCCAGAACAAUAGCUUCAACCAUGUCAUCCCUCCAGAACUUGGCCGUUUGAAAAGACUGCAGUACUUGCGCCUGCACAAUAAUUCAAUUGAAGGUGAAAUUCCAGCCAACAUAUCUGGUUGUUCUGCCCUCAUUUUCUUUGCAGUUGUUAACAACAAUUUGGUAGGUAAACUACCUGUGGAACUUGGCUCGUUGUCAAAGCUUAAAGCAGUUUAUAUUGCCGGUAACAAUCUAAUGGGAAGUAUCCCUCCUUCUUUGGGGAAUUUAUCGUCCCUUCAAGGAUUUUACGCAACCCUAAAUGAUUUUGUAGGGAGCAUCCCAGAUGUUCUAUGCAGAUUGCCAAACCUUGCAUACAUGGGAAUGGCUGGAAAUAGGUUAUCUGGUAAGAUCCCUCCUCCUUCACUUUUUAAUCACUCUUCUCGCACCACUAUUGAUGUCUCAACUAACCAAAUUCAAUGGAGUCUUCCCUCGAGCUUUGGCAUCACAAUUCCAAACCUUCAAUUCCUUGGCAUUUCCCAAAAUCAAUUCAUUGGUUCCAUUCCCGUUUCAAUAUCAAAUGCAACAAAUCUAGCGUUCUUUGUAGCAGGUUCAAACAACCUCACUGGAAAAGUUCCUACCCUGCAAAAGCUGCAAAAACUCGAGCGAUUUUUAAUUUCCUUCAAUAAUCUCGGAAGUGGAGAAGUCGGUGACUUGAACUUUCUAUCCUCUUUGACCAAUGCCACCAGCUUAGAGAUAUUGCAAUUUAAUCAAAACAAUUUUGGCGGAAAGUUGCCUGAAUCCAUUGGCAAUCUCUCUACUAAGCUUCUUGUUUUGUCUUCAUCAUACAAUCCUACAUUUGGGGAAAUUCCAACACAAAUAUUCAAUCUCGUUAACCUGGAGGGCUUAUACAUGGAAGCCAAUCAAUUGACGGGCAACAUUCCCAAUGACAUAGGUAGGAUUCAAAGGCUACAGCAACUAGGUUUUGGGAAAAACAAGUUAUCGGGAAAUAUCCCGUUUUCUUUCGGAAAUUUGACUAUUUUAACCAAAGUUACGUUAAAUGAAAACAAUCUCAAUGGAAGCAUCCCUUCUAGUCUUGGAAAUUGCCAACAAUUGGUGCAAUUGGAUCUUAGUCAGAACAAUCUUAGUGGUACAAUUCCACAACAGGUUUUUCGUCUCUCAUCAUUAUCGAUUGGUCUAAGCUUUUCUAGAAACCAUUUGACUGGCUCUCUUCCCAUGGAAGUUGGAAAUUUGAAAAAUAUUGGUUACUUGGAUGUUUCUGACAAUGAGUUAUCUGGCAAGGUUCCUGACUCACUUGCUAGCUGUGUAAGAUUGGAAACCCUACUUUUGGGCGGAAACUUUUUUCACGGUACCAUUCCUUCAUCUUUGAGAUUUUUGCGAGGUAUUUACAGUUUAGAUUUAUCUCGCAACAACUUCUCAGGCACGGUACCAAGAGAAGGAAUUUUUAAGAAUGCAAGUGCAAUUUCAGUCACGGGAAAUAGUAAGCUCUGUGGUGGUAUACCUGAACUAAAGCUACCUCUAUGCAGCUCCAAAGGGUCUAGAAAAAAGAGAUCAACUAUUCCCUUAAAAUUGGUGAUCACUGUAUCUUGCGGGCUUGUGGGACUAAUUUUGUUGUUGUUUGUUCUAUAUUUUUUCUGGUUCAGAAAGACAAAGAAGGUGCCUUCUUCAAGUUCACCGGCAAAUUCACUCUUAAAAAUGUCUUACCAAAGUCUCCUCAAAUUUACUGAUGGCUUCUCUGCUGCCAAUUUGAUUGGUACGGGUGGUUUUGGGUCUGUUUAUAAAGGAAUCCUUGAUCAUGAUGGAUCCAUCAUCGCCGUGAAGGUACUUAACCUUGCGUACCAUGGGGCUUCCAAGAGUUUCUUAGUUGAGUGUGAAGCAUUGAGAAAUAUUCGACAUCGGAAUAUUCUAAAGGUGAUAACCGCGUGUUCAAGUGUUGAUCACCAAGGUAAUGAUUUCAAGGCCCUAGUUUAUGAGUUCAUGGAAAAUGGAAGUCUAGAGGAGUGGUUGCACCCAAAUCCAAGUGAAGAUUUCACACACGGAGAUCCCAAGAACUUAAACUUUCUUCAGAGAUUGAAUAUUGCUAUCGAUAUGGCUUGUGCUAUAGAUUAUCUUCACCAUCAAUGUCAAACGCCAAUAGUACAUUGUGAUCUCAAGCCAAGCAAUGUUCUUUUAGACAAUGAAAUGACUGCACAUGUUGGUGACUUUGGGUUAGCAAGAUUCCUCCGUGCAGCCAACUAUGAAAGCUCUAUUGGAAUAAGGGGUUCGGUCGGUUAUGCUGCUCCAGAGUAUGGUAUGGGAAGCAAAAUGUCAACAAGUGGCGAUGUAUACAGCUUUGGCAUUCUCCUCCUUGAAAUGUUCACUGGAAAGAGACCCACCGAUAACAUGUUUAGAGACAGUUUAAACCUUCAUAACUUUGUGAAGGCCACUUUGCCUGAUAAAGUAGAAGAUAUUGUAGAUCCCAUACUUCUCCAGGAAUAUAGAGACGAGCUCACAAGCACAAAUAAUAUCAAGAAUAGCCCCAAAUUUGAAGCUUGUUUGGUUUCAAUAUUUGAAAUUGGAGUAACUUGUUCUGCAGAACCGGCGAAAGAAAGAAUGAACAUUACAGACGCAGCUGUUGAGUUACGUUCAGUCAAGAAUAUUUUUCAUGGGACAGGAAUACAUGGAGCACGACAAAUUAUGACACCCCAAUCAACAUGUAAUGUCAUUGUCUUAUAGUUGAUUUAAGCUAGAAGAAAUUGAUUGAGUUCUCUAUCUGCAACUUCAUACCAGGUAAGCCUAUUCUAUAUAGAAGAUCAAAGAGUCAUGAGGUUUAGAGCAACCCCAGCGCACCAUCAAUUUGUGUAAUAUGUAUGACUGUGUCGAAGCAAAGCGCUUCUUGUGCAGCUUACACACUUGCGGGGGCCAUCCAAUAUUACACACUCAACACGCCGCAGGUGAAGAAUGGAGUAGCGCUUGUCAAAUGGCAAUCGUAGCUGGGGA